AUGCUGUCGAGAUCAUCGGCAGCCGCAUCGCGAGCCGCGGCAUCCUCCCGCGCCGUCGCUCUCUCGGCGGGCGCCAGUCGGGCGGGCCACGCGCAGAGGAUCGUACCAGCAUGCCCUAGCUGCUCGAGGACGCUGAGCUCGACACGGCCCGCACCGCUGCCGAGGCAGGUCAGCCGCCAGCUGCUUGCCGGCGGAAGCGCAGCCUCUAGGCAGAAGCAGCUGGCGCAACAGGAACGCGACGAGGACGAGCCGGAGCACUUUGCGCCCUCCUCGAGCCGCCCGGCCUCGGCGGUCCCCGGAGAGGAGACCGACAUCCCUUGGUUCAUGGAGGAGGAGCAGGUCGACCCGGCAGAGUACCGCACCGAGCUCGAAGACGUCGCUGCGACAGAGACCUCCAAGACGCUCGAGGCGAGGCAGAGCGAGCAUUUCGAGUUUAUCCCAGAAUCGGCGGCCGACGACAUCCCCGCCGCCAUCCUCAACCUCCAGGACCACCUCCUCCACGGCCCCGCCUCCAACCUGCUCGCCCGUCCGCCAGCCGCCGACGAGGACCUGCCCUCACCCAUCACCUUCAUCCACCCUUACUCCCUCUCCGCCGACCCCAGCAACGAUGCGUACGGCAGGACCGACUACGUCGUCAUCGUCCAGGUCAAAAGCUCAGCGGCAGGCAGCGUCCGCAAGGUCGCUCAGGACGUCGGCAACUUCCUCAAGCGCCAGCCGCCUCCGCCCGUGGAGCCGCAGACUGCUGUCGCACUCGAUGACCUGCUCGGUCCGGACCGCGGCAAGGAGCGCUACCAGCGCACGUCCGAGUCCGAUACCGCGGCCGACGCCGCCAAGACGCCAGCCACGCCCAGGCCCAAGGGUAUGUCGCGCAUCGAGCACGAGCUAGGCAAGAAGCUCCCGGACUGGGCCGUCCACCGCAUCGCUCUCUCGCGCAAGUUUCCGGACGGCUGGAAGCCGCCCAAGAUUCUCUCGAGGGAGGCCCAGGACGGCCUGCGCCUACUUCACCGAUCCGACCCGGACAAGUUCAGCAUCGAGGAACUGGCCUCGCGCUUCCGCAUCUCGACGGAGAGCGUGCGGCGCAUCCUCAGGGGCGGCAAGUGGAACGUCUCGAACGAGACGAGGGCGAGGCAGGAUCAGCGGGCAAAGGAGCGCAUCGCCAACAGCAUCUACGGCCGCCCGGAACGAUGGGGACGCGAGGAGAGCGAGCUUGCCGAGAUCCGGCGGUUGCAGGAGGAAGGCAGCGAGCUGGUGCAGGACGGCGAGAGCCCGGUCAUCGAGAACGAUGGCGAGGCCGAGCCGGACGCUGGCGAGAUGCAGGCUGCCGGCCACGACGAUGCCAAGCGCCCAAGCUACCCGGUCCGGUAUGAGGGCCUCGUUGUUGCCGCCGGAGAUGCUGCGGCUGCCGGCAUGACAGCAAAGGGGCCGAGCAAGAGCAGCCACGUCUCGCGCGGAGACGGGCACUGGUGCCUCGUCGACGCCGAGUGGUGCAUGGUCCACGUCAUGACUGAGCAGGCCCGCUUCCGGUACGACAUCGAGGGCAUGUGGCGCGAGCUCGAGGCCGACAAGGACGCCACGUCCCGCCUGCCGGCCGGGCACUCGCUCACCUCGGAUGCCGUCACGAGCACCGCCCGCAGCAAGAAGUCGAUCUUUGGCCAGAACCUCAAUGCGCGGCGCGGGUCCGCGAGGUCCAAGGCCAACGGCGGCACCGGCAGCAGCACCUUCCGCACCUUUUCCACCAGCUGCCGCAUUCGCGCCAAGGAGUCGAGCACGGUCUCGACCUCAACGGCGGGGUCGCGGGAACGCCUGGAUCUGCCAGAAUCGCUCGACCAGCUCGUGACGAGGUGCAGCCGGGCCCUCCUCGCGAGCUCUGAGCCAGCAACGGCCGCCGGUAGCAGCGAGGGCAUCCCCGUCGUUGCCCAGGGCUGGCUGCGUUCCGCGAGAAAGCAGAAGUCGGUCACGUUCCUCGAAGUGACGGACGGAACGCUGGUCGGCAGCCGAGCGCUGCAGGCCGUCAUCCGCCACGGCAAGGACAAGCACGUCGCCGAGGCAUCUUCGGCGCACCCUGACCUGUCGCACCUGACGACGGGCGCCGCGCUCCGGCUCGAGGGCCUGCUGAAAAAAGGCCGGGGCUCGAAGAAGGGCCAGGAGGUUGAGCUGGACGUCAAGAGCUUCGAAGUGCUGGGAUCGUGCGAUGCUACCUACCCGCUCGCCAUCCAGCAGCAGCAGCAGCAGAGCGGCAGCGGUCCCAAGCAGCAGCGAGCGCAGCCGGACGACGAAGAUGCCGAAUCGAGCGCAGCUGGCGGUGCCUUUCAGGCGAGCCAGGCGGAGCGGAGAUCGCCUCACCUGCGCAGCCGGUUGCCGCGGCACGGCGCCGUGUUGAGGACGCGGCAGCGGCUCGAGAGCGGCAUGGCCGACUGGUUCGAGCGCCACGACUUUACCAAGGUCACUUGCCCCGUCCUCACCUCGUCCGACUGCGAAGGAGCAGGCGAGGUGUUCCAGGUCGUCGCCGAGUCCGAUGUCCGCUCCCUCUCGUCCUCGUCGCCGUCGUCGUCCUCGCCCGCGUCCGCCCCGUCGCCGGCAGGGCUUGUCUCGACUUCGCUGCAGCAACGGCUGUCGUCGUUCUGGUCGUCGGCACCGGCCUACCUGACGGUGUCGUCGCAGCUGCACCUCGAGGCCAUCGGUCUGGGCCUGUCGCGGGUGUGGACGAUGAACCCGGCCUUCCGGGCCGAGGGGAGCGCGACCAAUCGGCACCUGGCCGAGUUCUGGAUGCUCGAGGCCGAACUGUACUGGACCACGCUGGGCGCCGACGAGGGCAACGCGGCGGCCCUCGGACGGCUGAUGGACUGCUGCGAGGGCGUCAUCAAGGCCGGCAUCCGCCGGGCGCUCGAGGGCAGCGAAAGGGCCCAGGAGGACAUGGAGCUCCUCGCCCCACCCGCUCCGCCUCCGAGCGACGGAGGUGGACGAGCGGCGAGCGAGGGACACGUCGAGAUGCUGCGGCGCAUCCUCUUGCAGCCGAGCUGGAAGCGGCUCAGCUACACGGACGCCAUCGAGCUUCUGCGCAGGCACCACCACUCGCAGCCGGGCACCGGCGAGAAUGGCGGCGUGUUCGCCUUUGAACCCAGGUGGGGCGAGGGGCUGGCGUCGGAGCACGAGCGGUACCUCGCCUCCCCCCUUGCGUUUGACGGGCCGGUCUUUGUUACCGACUUUCCUCGGUCGAUCAAGGCGUUUUACAUGCGCGCCAACGACGAUGCGGAUGCGCAGCCGCAGCAGCAGCAGGAAGAGGCGGCGCGACGCGAGGGGACGGUGGCGUGCUUUGACCUGCUCAUCCCCAAGGUGGGCGAGCUGGUGGGCGGCAGCCUGCGCGAGGAGCGUCGAGAGGUGCUCGAGUCGCGCGCGGCGGGCGGCGACGUCUCGGCGCUGCGGUGGUACACCGACGACCUGCGGCGGUACGGCGGCGCUCCGCACGGCGGCUUUGGCCUGGGCAUGGAGCGCCUCGUCGCCUGGGUGUCCAACACGGAAAACGUCCGCGACGUCAACACGUUUGCGAGGACGAAGGGACCCGUGCGGUUUUGA